AAGGCAAUGAUCGUAUUCAUCGCAUUCCACACAGUUUUUGUACUCCUAAAAAAACACAUAGAAACGAGAGAUCUUUGAGGUUGACAUCCUUCUUUUGUUCUUCUUGAGACAUCUCUUAGAUCCCUCUUCAUUCAAUUCUUGAAAUUCCAACAUUCAAAUCAAUUCUGGUAUUUGCUUUUAUUCUUUCUGAAAAUUUCUUAUUAUGGCCAAUAUGGAAGAAUCAAGCCCAUUUCUACCUUCUCAAAAAUCCGACCCAAACAACGAAAUGAAGCCCAUCAAGCCCAGUUCUUCUUCUAUUGCGGGCAAAAUCCCAGCUCCUUCAGUGGACCCGGUUAAGCCCAAUACUUCAUCUGCUGUUCCAAUGGGAUGGACAGCUGAUGGGUUGCCUAUGGGCCAUAGCGGUGGGCCCACGGUGGUGGGGGAGCCCAUCAUGCAUAGGGCCCAAUGGGAAUCUGGGCUUUGCUCUUGUUUUGGAAAGAAUGAUGAAUUCGUUAGCAGCGAUUUUGAAGUUUGUCUAUUAGGAACUCUGGCACCAUGUGUGCUUUAUGGGAGCAAUGCUGAGAGAAUUGGGUCUUCUCCUGGAAGUUUUGCCAAUCAUUGCUUGCCUUACCUUGGUCUAUACCUGAUUGGACAGUCCUUCUUCGGAUGGAACUGCAUGGCACCCUGGUUUUCAUAUCCCAGCCGUACCGCUAUCCGGCAGAGGUUUAAUCUGGAGGGUAACUGCGAAGCAGCCACCAGAUCAUGUGGGUGCUAUGGGGGCUUUGUCGAGGAUGAGGAACGACGGGAGCAGUGUGAGUCAACUUGUGACUUUGCAACUCAUAUCUUCUGCCACCCUUGUGCUCUUUGCCAGGAAGGGCGUGAACUUCGUCGUAGGCUUCCUCAUCCUGGGUUCAGUGCCAAACCAGUCCUGUUUAUGAUGCCCCCGGCGGAGCAGAACAUGGGUCGCUGAAAGCAACUACUGCGCCAUUGAUUCCAUUCCGUUUGCUACUUGGUUCUAUUUGUUACAAUGUUCGCUGACAUUGUACUUGACCUUUUUUUCCUUUAAUUUCUUGAAAGUUGACAUGUAAAACUCGAUGUGUAGAUGAUAAUAUAUGGUAACGUAUACACAUAAAAGAGAUGGAUUUGCAAUUUGUAUGAAAUCAGGAUUACUCAUACAAGAAACUUGUAUUGAUGAAUCUGUGUAAAAGAGAUUCGAACUAAGCAAGCUAUUGUUAUUUGUUUCUUUAGGCUUUUAGAAUAAGGAAUUACUACCUCUUUUAUAUUAGCCCAGCAACACAAUUUUCCUGUAAGGAACAGCCAUGAAUAAAUAAAUAGCAAGUCCUUUCAGGCGUACGGCAAUUGUUGUCUUUCAAGGGAUA